CUUUUGAAGCUUUUGUGAAUACAAAGGGGAGCAAUAUGUUGUCAUUGGGCAAUUGUGGAAAGGGAUUCCUAAUCCGCGUGCUUCUGUGCACAACAGGCUCUCCCAUUUAAUUAGGAAAUUAAUUUGGUUUCCCACGAGUCACAGGUGAAUUUAUUUGUUAGUAUACUUUCAAACCCCAAUGGGGCUCAGACCAGUGUGUACCAUUAAGGAGGAUCUAUUGCCACAUAUGGAAGAUAUCAUUAAUGCUAUUGUGCUUAAUCUCGGUGCAUACAGCCUCCUCCUGGUGGAGAAACAUCUACGUGUAUCUACAGAAGCCCAGGAAGGACAAACCAAACACUGGCUGUAGAGAGAGAUCCUCAUUUUCCCAUCGGCCCCUUUGGCUCUGCUACACGCUGGGCCCCCCUGGUGCAAUAUGCAUCGCCACUUUAAUGAACAACUUAAGCACAAAGACACAAAAAAACUUUUCAGCGCGAAUACCAAUUACUUAAAUGUUAAAACAACACUUUCAUUUUCCCACAUGUUAAAAAAUAAAUAUGACUUGCUUUUCAUUGUUUGUCUCGCUUCAUGCCAGCUUCAUGCUAGAUACGCACGAACCAAUGUCCAUGUGAGGUCCAUCCACAGCUUUACAUUCGUUUUACAGAACCCAACCAAGUGUUAUUCAUCUAGAUCCUUCCAGACAGUUCCAUGUUUUCUCGCACUCUGGUUUAAUCCUAUUACAUGUCAGGCACAGAGGUAAGAGGGAGAUAAGAGGUUUAGGUUCUGGGUCCCUGCAGACAAUCUCUCUCUCUCUCUCUGUCUCUCUCUCCCUCGCGUCAAUAGGAGACCUCUGCAUUUGGUCACUUCGAUUCUGGUGCUGAAACUGGUUCUUAGUUUCCACGGCAGCCAUUGUGCAGCCUUCAAUAAAGACAUAUUGGUAAUAGGAUUGGCCCGAGGAGACACUGAUGGCUGAUGAAGAUCAGGUGAAGGAAUUAAUCCGCAGAUGGCAAAGUACCCCAGAGGACGAUUUGAAGCCGGAGGACUACCAGCAGCUCAAGAAUGUGGCAUCUGCGUGUCUCACCCAGGGGGACGGCGCGCGGCUGCUAAGCUUCCUCCAGGAGGAGAAGAACCAGGGGAUCGUGAGGUCCAUGGGCUGCGUUCUUCUGUCACCUCUUCUCAACCAAGUGGUUAAAAAGGAAACAAGUCUUGAUCACUGCCAGGCUGCCAUCACACAUCUGACCAGGACGUGCAGGCCGAAUGAUCUCCUGCACAGCUUUCUGGAACUAAUUGAAGACAUUGAUCCAGGGGCCAUUUCUGAGACCAUUUUGGCCCUCGUUCCGCAUCUUCAAACAGUGCUGCUGCAGCUGGGGGACAGAAAGGCCUCCUGCCUGGGCUCGGCUCUGACCCGCCUGCAGGAGCAGCUGUCCCGGCUGCCGGUGCCGUACAGCCCGCAGCAGGAGGAGGCCGAUGAGCACGGCCUGUGCCGCUGCUGCACCGCCCUGGCUGAGUUCACCCGGCCGUUUGUAGAGGAGGUGAAGGGGAGGAAUGGAAACCACGCUACCACUGCUGAGGAUGAGCAGCUGAAGGCUGAGCUUCUCAUAUUCUGCAUGAGGAGCUUGAGGGAGCCCUUACUCGAGGCCGAACUGAACCGGGACAGAAAAUCGUCACUUUGGCUCUUUGCGACCCAUAUAAUGGUCACGCUGCCUGCGAUCCACGAGUCUCCGGCAGAGCUCCUGUUCUUCAGCCCUGUGAAGAGAAGCAGGCAGAAGGAGAGCUGUGAGCGCAGCGAGUCCAGAGCCUGUCUGGCUUAUCUGCUGUUCGUCCAGCUCAUGGGCAUCGACAGCUUCCCGGCCGUAUUCAGUCCUUUAUUUAUCCUGCAGUGCAACAUGGCCUACAUCACUCAACUCCUCAGUAGCAAGAAGGAGUCGCACCUGCUCAAAGGACUGGCGCUGUGUGCAAAGAGCUUGGAGAGUGUGGAGGACAACAGCCUCCCAGUGAGUCUCCUGGAGCUGAAGAGCUUCUACAGUGUACCCGAGAAUCUGAGGCAAGUUCUCACUGACUGCCCGAUGCAGCAUUUGAGGGAAUCGGCUCUGCGGGUUUUCCAGCUCUUCAUCGAUAAAUUAGAUGCUGAAGCAAAGCACAAGUUCUUCAGGUGCAUGUUAAAAACCAGCAACCAUGCAGGAGUAGAAGGUUACAUAGUGAAGAACAUCAAAAAUCAAGUGGAACGUUCCAUGAAGUCAGGUACUGCGGGUCAAGGCUUCCUGGGGGACGAGCUGCUCUCUCUGUUGGGACUGGUGUUCAGUUUGCCACGAGGUGCUCAGACCGAUUUGCUUAACACUAUGGACAGGGUGAUGGAGAGUCUGAAUCUUCUACGCUACCUCCUCCUCAGAGACAAAGAACUGAGGAGCACUACAGGUGCGUGGGAACAGCUGAGCGGGAUCCAAGAGCAGUACGUGAAAAUGCUGCGUGUGUGUAUCGGCAUAUCGAGGGGAUAUUAUUCGGCUGAACUGAAGGCGGUGAGGCAGGAUCGAAAGCUAAAAGCCAAAGAAGCCAGAGAGGCGGCCCGAUCCACCGGAUUGUCAAAGAGAAUGAUAGUGAAACAUGAGCAGGUGUCCAAUAUGUCCCCAGAGGUCCAGCACCAGGUGCUGCAGAGCGCCUUGGUGACAUUCGACCUGAUGGAGAGUCUUAUAUUCCGCAUCGAAGAGAUCGCUGAGGAAAAGCGCAAGAUCCCAAACUGAACCCAGGACCCCACGAGUCACUUCAGACCG